UUGAACGGUUCUAUAAGUGCGCUUACGUUGCGAUAUUACCUAAUAUUUUUAUUUUUUAUAACAACUAUUAUAACUAUGGACUCUAAAUGGACAGCAGAAAGAGAUGCAGAAGCUGUUAAAAUUUUAACUGAUGACAAUUCUAUAAAUAAAGAUAGACGGUAUUAUCAUAUCCGUGAAAAAUUUGAACUAAUCGAGGUAGCUGGCGUUCGACGAGUUCGACGAAAGCGCGAUCAACGCAUUAUGGCAGUAGUUGAAAAUUUCACUAGUAUUAUUCGUGAUAUGCAUGUGGCCAGUGGACAUAAAGGUGAAACAAAAACACACAAGAAAAUAAUGGAACACUAUUCUAAUAUUACAAUGGCUGCUGUAAAAGCUUACAUUGCUAAUUGUGAAAGGUGUGCGGAAAAAUCAAAAAAAAAAUGUACGCGAGGUGUUGUUGUGCGGCCUAUUUUAUCUUCCUCUUUAAAUGAACGCGGUCAAGUCGAUCUUGUUGACUUUCAAAGUUUACCGGAUGGUGAUUUUAAAUUUAUCCUUCAUUAUAAAGAACACUUAACCAAAUUUUCAAUUUUCCGGCCAUUGAAAUGCAAAAAGGCUUCGGAAGUGGCCAAAGAAUUAUUAAACAUAUUUUUGACGUUUGGUGCCCCUCACGUUCUGCAGUCCGAUAAUGGUCGCGAAUUCACAGCCGAUAUUAUAACUGAAUUAGCAUCAUUGUGGCCCGAUCUAAUACUAGUAAAUGGUCGGCCACGUUAUCCACAAAGCCAAGGAUCUGUAGAAAGAGGUAAUUGUACGUUGAAGGAUUCACUGGUGGCGUGGAUGCGAGAUAAUAAAACUGCGGCGUGGAGUUACGGCAUCGCCUUUGUACAAUGGGGUGUUAAUACGACAUAUCACGAAGCUAUAAAAAUGACUCCAUACGAAGCAGUCUUUGGUCAAAAACCACGGAUAGGACUGGCAACAAAAGUACCUCGACAGUUGGUAGAAAAUAUAAUGACAGGUACAUUGGGAGAGGAUAUACUGAAAAUGCUUUUAAAUGAGGACAAAAAGGACAAUGAGGACGUACAAGUACUCAAUACUGAAACAAUAGAUUUAGAGCGUACGCAAGAUACAGAAGAAGUAUUAGAAGCUACUACUGCGUGCUCGCAGCAUAAUAUUAUUCCAGAAAAUAAAAUAGAACAAAAACUCGAGAAAUUAAUAAAGACCACGCAAAAAAUUUUGGAUAUUGAAAGUGACACCGACAAAAGUUUUGAAUCUAUCAACACGAAACUCGAUCAUCCUGCUCUUAAACAACGCAACAUUGCAGCUCAAAAUUUAAAAUGUCAAGCGGAAAGGAUGGUAACCAGAGGCAAAGGCAUCCUUCCUCCUUUAAAAGUUGGUGACAAUGUGCUGGUGUCAAUCCCGUCGGUAGAUCGAGGGCGAGGAGAUGCAGCCAACCUUCUUGCAGUUAUCAUAGAAGAAAAAGAUGGUAAAUUUCGUAUUGGGACUAAAGAAGGGAUUUUAAGCACAUGGCUGGAACGGAACAGUCUGGCAGCUACAAAGUACUGUUCUCUAACGACUGCAGACGUUCAACAAAAUGAAUAUUCAUUACGGGAACUUGUUAGAUUGGGGUCAGUUGGGACCGGACAAGGCUAUCGACGUUGUACUUGUCGUACAAAUUGCACAUCUAAAAAGUGCACAUGUAAAAAAAAUAAUAUGAUGUGUAAUUUGGCGUGCCACCCAGGCUAUACUUGUCAAAAUGUUUAA